GCUGUCAAACCGUCCUUAUUGUAAUUGCUUCUUGAUGCCACGCUUAUAGUGAUAUUUUCUGUAAGGCUUAUUUAUUUCGCCAAAGUUAAGUGAGAUCCCACAAGCCCGUAAAAUGGCGGAGACAAUGAAGCAAACCGUUGCAACCAUACUUAAAAGUAUCGAAAGGUACAAUCCAGCAAAUCUUCAGACUUUGGAGAGGUAUGUUGAAAUGCAGUCACGAGAGAAUACAUAUGACUUGGAAGCAAAUCUGGCAGUAUUAAAACUUUAUCAAUUUAACCCAGAGAAGUUUAAUGCUGACAUCACAUGCCAGAUUCUUUUGAAAGCUUUGACCAAUUUCCCACAUACUGAUUUUACUCUGUGUAAAUGCCUGCUUCUUGAGUCUGUGGUGGAAAAUGAGACAAUAUCCCAAAUCAAAUAUCUGGCUGAUAUUUUAGAGCAGUGUGAUUUUGCACAGUUUUGGAAUAGAGUUCACCAGAUGCCAGAACUUUGCAACCGUAUCAAUGGUUUCCAUGACUCCAUCAGGAAGUUUGUGUGCCAUGUAGUUGGCAUUACAUUCCAGACCAUUGAUAAGAACAAUCUGGCGAACCUACUUGGAGGCAUUGAUGAUGUGACUUUGAAACACUGGGUGAAAAAAUAUGGAUGGAGAGAUGAUGGAAACCUCAUUUUCAUUGCUAACCAAGAUGAAAAUAUUAAAACAAAGAACAUUACUGAGAAGAUUGAAUUUGACCAUCUUGCUCCACUGAUGGCUUUGUUGUAAAUCUUAUGCAACUUUGUAUUGAAUAAAUUUUAAAAUAGAA